AUGUCGGAUAAUGACAAGUGUGUAACAUGCAAAUCGCUGAUUCGUGGCGGGUCGGGUUUGCGAUGUGAGGGCGUUUGUGGAAAAUUAUUUCACUCAGCAACAAAAUGCUCUGGUUUGGAUGGCUACAAGGCGACAAUUAUUGGAACGCAUCCUAUGGUUAAAUUUAUUUGCCCGGAGUGCAUCAUUUAUAUACAAAAUGUUGAUCUUCUUUUGCGGGACAUCACGGAGAACGUUAAGAAAAACAAUAUGUACCUGAAAGAGUAUAAAGACGAAUUUGAGGAAGCAUUGAAAGUGAAUAGGAAGGAGGUGAAGCAAUUAAUACGUUCUAUGGAUGAGAAAUUCAGCGAGAAACUGGCGAACAUAAAAUUGCACCAAGAGCUAUUCGUUAGAAAGUCAGAAGUACUAACAACAACAAUAGCGAAAGUGAGAGUGCUUGCUGAAGAUCUGACAAAACAGACUGAAAAUUUUCGGAGUGUAAAUGAAAAGCUCUGCAGUGAAAUUAAAUCGUUAGCAAAGGAUAAGAACAAGUAUGCCGCUGGUUUCUCAUCACAUAAUACUGCUGGUAACCAAUCACCAAAUGCUGGAGAAUGCGAAAACACAACUAAUAUUGUGAUUUUGUCUUCUGAUGCUGAUUGCGACGCAGGUGAUGUUGCUGCUGGUGCUGUUGCUACCAAUGCUAAGGGGCAUAAAACUAAGGUCGGCCUGAUUCCCGCGCGUUCUGAAGUUAAGAAACCCGAUAAACUGCCCAUUGCUGGUAAUGUGCAUUCGCCUCGCUCGACACCUGCUGCUGCUGCUGGGGACGUUGCGGGUGGUGCUGAUGCACGAACAUACCCGGCUAUUGUUGGUACCAGUGGCGGUGCGCACUCUUGUGGGUCUGGUGCUGUUACACCUGCUGCUGCUUCUGGAGACGUUGCUGGUGGUGCUGAUGCACGAACUUAUGCUACUAUGGCUGGUACCAGUGGCGGUGCCCAUUCUCCUGGGAUCAACUUGCCGGAUAAUUCUGCUACUGCCUUGGCGGCGCUGCCUAGACCUCUGAUUUGUGGCCGGCUGGCGUUAAUGUUCGCCCGUUCCGUUUUUUCCCCAAGGAGGGCCGUAAGGAACACAGUUAGCACCACUACGCCACAAGCUAAUUCAGAUAUGCUUAAGAAUUGUAAUAAUUUAAGAAUAUAUUUUCAAAAUAUCUCCGGAUUAAGAACCAAAUCUGAUCUGGUUAUGUCAUUCAGCUCCCAACAGGACUUCGAUAUUUUCUUUAUUGUUGAAACAUGGCUUACUUCCGAUUUUUUCGAUGCGGAAUUUUUCGACCCCAUGCUCUUUGUUGUCUUCCGGAAAGAUAGAGAUGCUGCUAAGACUGGUCGCUCCAGGGGCGGAGGCGUCUUGAUUGCAGUGAAUCGAAAAUUCCGCGCUUCAUUGAUCAACCUGAAUAACACUGACUCACUACUGGAUCAGCUUUUCGUUCGUGUUGACGGGUCAUCAACUUAUGGUUCUUUGUUGUAUCUAUCAUUCUUGUAG